AUGACUAAUCAAGAUGAUCCAUCAGUCAAUACUCCUGUUGACUUUCUAAGAGAAGAUGUCAAAUACGCAGAAGAGCAUGACUUGCAGACUUUGAGUAUCUUUACAAAACAAACCAGAGAUGAUAAGCUUCUCAUGGGCGUUGGAGAACCUUUCACAACUCCAUCCAAGAUUUGGGUAAUUUAUAUUCAUGGGGGAGCGUGGCGUGAUCCACUUGAGACAUCUUCUUCUUUCAUUCCAACGAUGAAUAGUCUUGUGACUUCAUCUGUUGAAUCCAAGAUUGCAUCAUUUGCAAGCAUCAAUUAUCGUCUAUCUUCUCAUCCAUCCUUUCCUCAAGAUUCUUCAUCAAUUCCGAAACACGAAUAUCGCAAUGCUAAGCACCCUGAUCACUUAAAAGAUAUAUGUUCUGCACUAUCUUAUUUACAAUCUAAAUACUCCAUCGAAGAUCAAUAUCUACUCCUUGGUCAUUCAUGUGGUGCAACACUAUCAAUGCAAAUUUCGAUGGGGAAAGAAUAUUUACAUUCUUGUGGUAUACCAGAUGAGCAAUUGAAUUUCAAACUCCCACGAUAUGUUCUUGGAGUAGCUGGAAUUUACGAUUUAAGAUUACUUCGUCAAACACAUCCUGAUCCUGCAUACAAUCAAUUUCUCACUCAAGCAUUUGGGUCUGACGAACAACUUUGGGAUGAAGUUUCACCAGCGAAAUAUUCCACAUUUGAGGAAUUUGAAAAGAGUGGAAAGAUUCUUGCUUUUGCUACUUCACCAGAUGAUGAAUUGGUUGAUGAGAUACAAAUUGAUGUUAUGUUGAGAAAUUUGCAUGGUAUUAAUGGAGUGGUGGUGAAAAAUCUCAAAAAUCAUUUGAAGGGAACUCACAACAAAAUCUGGGAGACUGGAAAUUUGGCCCAUGCUAUAGUUGAGGUCUUGAAUUUAUUGGAGUAG